AAUUCAUUCGUUUGCUUGUUGGGUCAUUUUGCCGGGUGUGUUCUUCGUUCGAUAUUGGGAUCUUCGCAGUGCGAAUAGUGCAGCAAAUUUGACAAGACGCUUUGUUUGGGAUAAGUUCUAAAUAUUUGGAGAAAACGGGGAGCUUUGAGCAUUGUUUGAACAGUGUUGUAAAAGUUUGUGUGAAUUUAAUAUCGAUAAAUAUUAAAACAAAUUCGAGAACCUUUAAUAGCUUGUGCAAAACAUUAAAAGGGGAGAGCCCAGAAGCAGUGAACAAAGAAAAAGAAAGGUAUUUGAUAUAAAAACCAUAGUUUAAAAUGGAGCACGAGGAUAAUGCGCACUUGGACAACGUUUUGCAAAGCUCGCCCCAUUUGAUGGAUAAUUUGCAGAUGGCUAGUGGUGAUGGUGUGUGUGAUAAUGUUGUAGCAGAAGAGAUUGGAAGUAGUAUUGGUGGAAAAUUUGGUGAACAUGAAGGGCAUGACCAGGAGGAAUGGAAGUAUAUUAAAGAAGGGCAACAGAGCGAAAAGCAGCAAGAGCGAAUUAAAGACGGUAUAGAUAGUAAAGAUAUGGAAGACGUAGAAGAUGUUGGCAACGGGCAUGGAUACGUAUAUGAGGUAGGCGAUGUCGGGGCCGACGAUAUGCUCUUGCUAGACAAGCACGAAGUUGGUAACGGUGUCGUUGGCAUCUCAGCCGCUGUUGACGUAGACGCCAUCAACACGCCAACCGGCAUUGAAGAGAAUGAAGCAUUAAAAAAUUAUGGUGAUUUUUCACCAACUUCUAAUACAACGUCUAUAGGCGGCGAAGACGUCGAUUCGGAUAAUGGUGUACUGCAAGUCGAAAUGAAAAUCGAAACAGCAACAUUACUGCAAUCACAGCCGGUUGAAAAUCUAUUGGGUGCUGGUGGUGCUGAGAGAAAUUUCGUAGAGAUGGAAGAAGAGGAACCAAGUUCAUUGGCAACAAAUACUACCAAUGGAACAAAUAGUCUUAGCGAAAAUGCUCCACUACAACAACUAAGUUCAGAAAAAAAUGAUCUAAAAACCGUGGAACUUUCUAUAGAAAACAAAGAAAAUGCUAAUCCUAGUUUACCAAGCAUUGGUUUACAUGGUGGUAAGGAUGAAAUUAUCAGACCUAAUGACCUGGACUUUGAAACGCACUCACACUUAAACCCAAAUGCUUUGGUGUUCGUCCCCAGUGUUGGUUCGAAUCCGGCUUCACCCCUAGUGCCCACAAGCGAUAGUGCAGCUUUUACUGUUGGCGAACCGGCUUUAAACAGUGAUGCAGAAACAGCGCCACAACCACACCCAAACUCAAUAGCACGCCACCUGCUUAGUGAUGAUGAUUUCGUGGCUCAGAGCCCACGCAAGGGAAGUGUUGAAUCCAAUUUAGAUGGUAUUGCAUUGCCUGAAGAAAAUGAUUUUGAACAUGAAGCCGCAAAGCGUCCGCAUGAAUUGGAGCAAGAAGACGAUUUAAUUGGUGUUGGUACGGUACAGCACUUACAACAGUUUGAAAAUCAUAAUAAUGAUGGUGUGCAUUUACUCAAAGAAGAUACAAAUGCAGAAGAAGCAGAUUAUUCACUUGAUAUUCGUCAUUCCCCAGCAAAUAUAAUCGAUCACGGUCCUGAAACAUCUGUCGAUUUAGAUGCUGAUAUUGGAAUUCAGCUAUGUGAUAAUGACAACCUAGCCCAGCAACAUAAAUUUGAAAUGCCUGAUCCUAUUGAGGAUGUACUUAAUACAGUACAGCCAUUACCAAUCGAUACUGAAAGUGUAAACGUUUCUUUUAUUGAAGAACGGUCACAACAAGAAUUAGAAGCUGGAGGAAAGGAAUUGUUAGAUGUCGAAGAAAAAGACUACAUUUCUCAAUCGCCUUCGACUGAAGAAAUGAAAAUGAACAUGCAAAAUCAAAUGCAUUCAUCAAUAAAGGAUAUACCACAAAUACCUAUUGAUAUGCAUGAUGGAGCAAAUAUGCAAGAAUCAUUCUACUUAGACAGCACUUCAACUGAAUUACAAAAUGCAGAUGAUGUAACCCUUAAGCGAACAGGCGAAAACCUCACUGACGCCAGUAACCCUAACCUUGUAGCAGAUCACAUUUCAUUCGAAAAUAGUUGUUUUGCGAAGCCCAGUGGAGCUGAACUGGAAAUUGACUUUGAGCACGAACAUCCCUCUCUGAAUAUAUUCGCUCCAGAAUUCACUCCUGGUCAAAAAUCAGUCUGUACAGAUGGGCUAUCACCUUCUCCCAUGUCAACUGAGGAGAAACACUUAGUAGAAGAUACCAAAGAACUGGCAACUAAAAGCGAAACUUCAGACGAACUGGCGCAAAAAAUUGAUGACUUAAAACUUUCUACAAAAGAUGGAAUCCUCUCUCAGGUGGAAACUGCCCCGAUUGCGGCUAACAUCGUUGAAAGUCUAAAUCCAUUCGCUGCUCCAGAAUCCGAACAACAUAAAACGGUUGAAGAAUUACCAAUUGAUGCGGAUCAAUCGUUUUCAAAUGAAUCUCACCUACACGCUGACUUUUUGCAACAAAACGAACAAUUUUAUCACAACGAACAACAAAAUGAUCACCAGGCAAAAGAGAUAGCAUCAGAGUCCGUAUAUGCAGGCUUUGAAGGUAACUUGUUUUCGACCCAGCAAGAGGAUGAAUCAUCAGAAUACCCUGCUAAGCAAGAGCUUGAAGUUAAGGGAUUUGAAUCGCCUGUUGCAGAAUCUAUUUCUAUUGCUUCUCCCCCAGAACCAGAGCCGGUUUCUCUCUCAAUUGAGACCCCACUUGAACCGACAUCUGUAGGUCACCUUGAAUCGGCGGCUGCUGAAGUGGAGGCUGAGCCUGUAACUGAGCCAGAACAUAUAUCACAACCAGAAUCCUUAAUUGCACUUGAGCCUGAGCCCAAGCCUGACAAUGCCUUGCAUGUGAGCAAUGGCAUUUCAAAUGUGUCCACAAUCGAUGAAGCAUUGCUGGUGAUAACUAAAGACGUUGUCCCCACCACUCCAGAAGCUUUUUUGGAGACCGCUAUUGACGAAACCAAGAAAGAUGCUUCCGAAACUGUGGUUGCUGCCGCAACUAUUGGUGCUAUUGCGACUACGGCUGCCGUAGUAACUGUUGCUGCAACUGCUCCAAAGAAAAUUGAAGUUAAAAAAUCCCGUACUCCCACUUCGACAAAAUCAAAGACAGUUGAUAUUAAAAAGGGUGCAGAUCCAACAAAAAAGACUACUGGUGCUCCCACUAAAACGUCUGCUUCUACCGUAUCUUCAGAAAGGCCACGUACAGCCCCGUCUAAGACGGCAACUGCCCCUGAUAAGAAAGUGACAGCCACCACAGCUGCUGCUAAACCACCGACAAGCACUACUACUCGAAAACCCUUAUCCUCCAUUUCAGCAACAUCUAGAACCGUUACUAAGACAACCGCUUCAACACGUCCGACUACAGCACCGACUGCAGCUAAGUCAUCUGUAUCGCGCACUAAUGCUACUACAAUUACACGCCGUUCGGCGCCCACUAGUACUUCUAAUGGCACAACCGCCGUCGCUAAACCAAAAGCUGCUGGCAGUGCCCCAACUAAGCCAACUACUUUGGGUCUUUCGGCUACAGCCAAGCCGAAGUUGAUUUCUCCCCGUACAACUUUAACAUCACAACUUCGAAAGGCGGCACCUGCAAGUACAGGCACAGGCUUAACCACGGCUAGGAGUCCACUAAAGACUACGGCACCAACUACCAAUGGCGUCACAAAGAGCGCAACAAACACAACUACUGCUAGUCGCGCCAAGAGCUCGACUUCUACCACAAUAACAACUACAACUACAAAGACUUUCACUGCGCGGCCUGCACCUAAGACUACGCAUUCAUCCACUAUUUCAUCGACUACAACACGUCGGACUGUGGGCGUCGUUUCGAGUAGUAGCACAACCGGGGCAAGAACUACAAGCAGUAUGUUGCAGAAAAAGACACCACCGGGCACCGGUAGGCCUAUAUCAGCCACCAAAUCCUCACUUUCGCCGACUAAGCCAUCAAGUGCAACUCUGAAAUCGAAAACCAAAGAUGUGGCUAAGAAACCAGUAACUCCAAUUAAAUCGGCAAAUGAGUUAAAAGCGAAAGCUACCGAAGAGCAACCCAAGUUGAACGGUACGCCUAGUAAAUCAGGAGUAGAGGAACUGGGGAAACAAGUGGAGCACCAACCGCAUUUGAAUGGUGAAGGUGAUGGGCCACAGAAAGUGUUUGAAAAUGGUAUGCAUCAUGAGGUGUUGGGGAACGGCGAGGACUCUCUACUGGAUCAACAUGCACAGGCAUCUCUACUCGAUGCCUAGAAAGUUAAGGUCUAGAAGACUUUGUAAUUUUAAAGUGCAUUAAGCAAAAUGAAGAAAUGGUAGACAUCUAACAAAGCGUAAUCAUUUGAAUGAAAGGUUUUUGUGGGGAAAUUAGCCUUGAGACGAAUACAGACCGCUAGGAUUGGGGGUAAUAAUAGUAGUAGCAGCAAGGAGAAACUGGCAUUAUUGCUAUGCAGAUUGCUAAUCAAUCAUAAGGGAAACAAGUGAAGGGUGAAAAGUGUUUAGCUGAGUAGAUGAAGGAAUGGAAUCUAACGUCAAUAAGCGGUACACUAUGAAAAACCGGAAAUAACGUAAAUCUGUCAUUGAAAAAUGCAUGUAGAACGAAAUCACAAUGUUGAAAUCAGAAAUAACUAAAAUAACGACUAACAUACAGAAUUAGAAAGAGAAAACAAAAUUACAUUUUGUGAGGAAAAUAUUUUCAAUUUGAACUUGGGCAUGUUUGUCAUUGACUUUCAUUCUGCCUAAAUUUAAAAAUUUUGCACGUUUUAUUUCUUAAUGUUUACAUAUACAUUAUUUGUCACUUUGUACGACAAGUUGCACGUUUGUUAGUGGUAUUUUUAUUUUGUUGUUUCUUCAGAAUGAAUAUUUUUCAAAAAUACAUACUUACCUACAUACAUACAUUAAUGUUUUUUUGCUUUGCUGUUAUAAAAUUUUGUUAGUUUGAUGACUAAUAUUUUAAUUACCUUUGUAUGGCUUUAGUUCUUGAGCAUGAUAUUAAAAGCGGUUUUUGUUUUUUAUGGCGCAAUUUUCUAUGUACAUCGUCUAUAAUUUAUAUUGCACAUUUAUAGACCAAAUGACAAAAUCAAUGUUUGUAUACAUUUUUUAUACUUAUGUAUGUAUACUCAAAAUCUAUUUUGGAUUGAGGUUUUAGUGCUAAUCGUUUAUUAUGUUUUCCUUAGUAUUGUAAUCAAUUUUUAAUUCUUUCUUGUCAAUUUGUUGGUUGAUUUUGUGCUGGUGAAUGUAUGGAAAAACACGAAAAACGAAAUAAAAAUUAUAAACUAUGAAAAAGUAAACUAAACAAAAAAAAUCCUACUACUUACGUGGAAGCCAGUAAUUUUGGCCAAAUAACGGUAUAGUUUACACUAUCGAACUUAUACUACACAAAGUCUUAACUUGUGAAAAAACGAAAAUAAAAAGGCAUUAAAAAAUAUAAAUAAACGAAAAUAAAAAAUCAAGUGCGAAACGCGUUGCACGAAAAAAUUAUAUGAAGUAAAAAUAUCUUUUAUAUACACAUAUAAACAUGAAGACCUAUUAAAUAAUAGAUGGCAUGCAAAAAGAUAUUAAAUCACUGAAUAUAUAUAAAUCAUAUUAACGAUCGAAUUGUGCAUUUUUUUGAUAUAUUUUUGUACUUCAUUAUUCUGUUCCUGCUUACAACUAGUGAGAAAAUGUAUAACGCAAGAAAACGACACAGUAUACUUAAAGAUUUUAAAUUUAUUUAAUUUUUAUUUGUAAAUCAAAGUAUGGACUACUCCUGCUCCUACCCAGUGUGUUAUUAUUAUUACUUUC